AUGGACAAUGCCAGUUACCACACUGUGCAGAAAAAUAAGACCCCGACAAUGACAAACCGCAAAGCCGAUAUUCAAAAGUGGCUUGAUGAAAAUAAUAUAGAGUAUGAAGAACUUUUCUCAAAAGAGGAAUUGAUGUGUGUAGUAGAGAAGCAUAAACCAAACCCUAUAUAUGUGGCAGAUGACCUUCUCCAGCAGAAUGGCCAUGAAGUAUUAAGACUUCCUCCGUAUCAUUGCGACCUGAAUCCAAUAGAGUUGAUAUGGAGUUCAGCGAAACGACUAAUCGCAAAGAAAAAUAUUGGCUUAUCUGCAGCAGACACAGAAGAACUUAUUAAGGAAACAUUCGCGAACAUAACUGCCUCAGAUUGGAAAACAAUGACUAACCAUGUCAUUACUGUAGAGGAUAAGUAUAGAGAAAGAGACAAUAAUGUCACAUUAAAAGAAUUCAUAAUAAAUGUUGGCAGUGAUAAUGAUACAAGUAGCUCAGAAGAAUCGUUAUAUGAAUUUUUAGAGUCUGAUUUUGAUUACUCUGAAUAA